AUGUCGUCACGCUUUCCUCCGGUACACGAGUCCCGCUAUCCACCUCGUACUCGGUCGCGAUCACCGCCGAGACAUCAGGAUGGAUGGAGACCCAACGGACCACCAAAUCCUGGAUUCAACAACAACAAUAACAACAGAUAUGGAGACUUCAACCGGGGACUGGAUCCUCCAAGAGGCCCCAAGACCUUCAAUGACAGCCCCAGAGGACCACUAGGCCCAGGCCCAGCCCCAGGAACUAGUACCUCAGCACCACUUGGACCUCGCGGCAGAGGCGCACCACCAAGACCGGAAUUCAGAGAAUUGAGGGAUGCACCACCUCUUGGAACUGACCGCUCUUUCAGAGAACGUGAGUUUGAUCGCAGACCAAGGCCUACGUCUCCUAGAGCUCGCUCACCGGUAAGGGGCUUCAGAGAUGGACCUAUCCCACCUCGUGAUCUCGACCUAGGUAGAGGUCGCCGCGAUUCCAGAGACGGGCCCAUCAAUGCUGGACCUGGUUACUCGGAUGCACCUCCAUUCGGUCAGCCUCCAUUCGGUAGAGGUGGCUUCAACGGCAGAGGCCGAGGAAGGGGCCGAGGAGAUUUUGGCUUUCGUGAUCGCCGCGGACCUGCAGACGACCGCAACACAUUUAGGCCCCGAGACAGAUCACCACCCACGAGAUGGGGAAGCAUAUCUCGCACUGACAGAGACGAUUGGCGUCCUGAGAGACGCGAAGACGAUCGCUGGCUCGAUCGUGAUGACCGCGAGCGCGAGCCUGAUCGAUUUAGAAGAGAGCCUGCGUCCAGCCGCUUUGAUUCACGCCCGCCUACUCCUCAUCAACAAGUACCUUUAACGCAAGCUCCGGCUGAGCGCGUACCGCCUUUCGAGUCCUCGAGAGAUGAUCUCGCAAUGCGAAGACCUUCGAUGUCAUCCUUGUCUGGAGUCAAAGAGCCUCUUCGACGUGAUGUGCCGCCUCAGAAUGCCCCGCCACCGAUGCCUCUACCACCCAAUGAUCUUCUGGCUGGCCGUGUCGAGUCCUCAGCUGCUCGUUAUGGAUCUCGCGCCUCAUCACCACCACCAUCAGCGCCCCAAGUGCCUGCUUUCGGAUCUCUAUCGUUCAAGGCUCAGCCAUAUAGUGGCCCUACUUCAAAUGUGUGGAAAGCUUCACCAGAAAAUCGUGCUCCAGCCACCCCUGCAAAGCCGCCUAUGCCAUCUCCUCCUGUCGUCAAGACCGUUCCCACUGCCCCCAAAGCACAACUCGCGGCACCACCGCCUGCUGCCCCUAGAGCGCCCAGAGCACUCGAAAAUGUCCCUCCGAGUGCUCCUAGAGAAACACCUCUUGACAGAGCGCCUUCUGCGCCAAAGGCUAGGAACUCAUCCGCACCACAGCCUCCAGUUCCUACCGGACCAUGGGCUCUGCGAACAGAUGACAGAGCAGGUGGGCAGUUCGCUCCAGCAGCGGUCCGCGAGGGACGUAGCCUUUCGGGUUCUUUCCAGCCAGAUAUGAGCAACACGCCAACGUCACCUCGUACCUCGGGACUUCCUGUCGCUCAAAUGGCCCAGAUGACCCCAAUCAAACCCUUGGAGACUCUUUCUAGCCAGGUACCUACACCCCCCUCACAAUCCAGCUCUAGCAACCUGCAAGACGGAAGAACACCACGACUGGAUAUGGCACCCNCCAGACUUGGUACACCACCUCCGUCGGCGCCCAGCGGCCCACGCAAUACACACGCGUUCAGCACAUCCCCUGUUAUGCAGAAUCCUAACAUCCCGACCGCCCCCAAGGCCAUUCGCGGGCCUCCCAUGGCUCCAAGAGCCUCAGUGGACCGUGGGCAACCUCUUCACAGACCAAUGGAUAGAAAUGGCCUUGCUCCGUCACGUGUACCUCCAGGAGCUCCAAGAGCGCCCGCAUGGAACCAAUGGAUAAGACCUGGUGCUCCCCAAUACAGAGAGGCCACAAUCCCUGCCAAGAGAGACUUGAAUGGUGAUGAAAAGUCGCAACAGUUCAUUCCAAAGACUUCCCCUCAGAACAUGCACCGUCAAAUCUCGGAUCCCUCGUCUAUAAGAGCGGAAGAAGCCAAAGAUGACCGUGCCUUCAAGACAGCACCCGUGUCACCUGAACGAAGGAUGUCUAAUACUAAUCCCGUCAACAAUCCCCCAUUCCAAAAGGAGUAUAGUGUGCCUAGCCCUGGUGACACUAUUCAAUCUGAUCUUGCAGCGAAUGCCGAUCUAGCAACUGCCGAGUCGUCUGAGGACUUCAUCAGUGACGAAGAGGGCAUGGACCUUGACGAGGAAGACUUUGCUCAAAGCAAGGCUAAGUUCGAGAGGCAAAAAGCACAUCUGGAAGCCCAGAUGAUCGACUUGAAUGCUAGGCAGUAUAGAGCAACUACUCCGCUGGAACAGAUCGCCAGGCUUGCCAACGUUACUGUCCACGACCUUCCCAGCGUCCAAGACUCGACCUCAGAAGAAGCUAAGGAUGAUGUCAUGGAAGGCAUGGACACAUCAGAAGCACCUGAGCCAGUUGUUUCAACAUUGCAUCCACCAUCAUCGAGAACUCAAGAAGACAUUGGAGCAGAUCUCAUCACGCCCAAGAAGGAGCAGAUUGACGAAACAGAAACCGUGGCUGUUCCACCUAUCCUAACAGCCUACAAGCAAUCUGAACCCGAUCGAGUCGUCCAGUCUGCCGAGACCCAUGAGAACGAUGAUAUCGACAUGGAUGGCAGUGAGGACUUGGACUUCAUAACUCCUGAGCCCAAACGUAGCAUUGAGACCAUCACUCUGCCUUAUCUGGCCAAGACGCCUCUCACUCCCCUCUCAGACUUGGGUGCUUUCCACGAGAACAUGGCACGCCUAAAUGCUGCACAGCCAGCAUUGAUCAUGCAUUACCAAGCGCAGGCCGAGGAAGAGAAGACUCUACAGAAAGACUUGCAUCAGCAGUAUCUCGAGAGAUACCGUGCCUGGAAACUGGAGACUCAGCUGCUUGACCGUGAAAGAGCAAGCAAAGAGUCCGAGGAGAGACAAAUGUCUGUCGAGCUCGGACUCGAUAUUGAGUCAAGCCCCGUCAUGGAAAACACUGUUCCUCCAUCUCGAGCCAGACCGCUCAAAUUCAGUAGUGAGUAUGACAUACAACAGGUUCUGAAGCAGUCGGAAGAGACAGCCAGACUCGAACAGGAGAAGGUUGAACGCGAGUCUAGACGGGCUCAGAUCGAUCUUGAAAAAGAAGCUAUUCCGCCAGAGACGUGGGAUCAAGCUUCGAAAGAAAAAAGAAUCUUCAGAAACAUGAAUCGAUACAGGGAUCCCGUCUGUCUCACAGAGAUCUUUGGAUAUGAGCCAGAAUUUGAUACCUUCACCGAAGCUGAGCACAAACGUUUUGUGGAGCUCUUCAAGGAAAGGCCAAAACAAUGGGGCGAGAUCGCUGCUCAACUCCCGGGUCGGUCAUAUGCUGAUUGCAUCCAUCAUUAUUACAAGUACAAGUGGGAUGGUCGCUUCAAGGAGAAGCAAAAACGCAAGACUAAGGCUGGCGGCCGUCGGGGUGGCAAAACAGGUCGCGCCAGAGGCCCUCAGAUGAUGUCUGAUUUGCCAAAGCUGCCUGGAGAGGAAGAUAGCUCUUCUGGACCAAUGCUUACCGAGACUGGAAGACCGAGGCGCGCAGCAACUCGCACCGCAUACACAGCCGAGAAAGACCCUGAAGUCAAGACAGCCGCUGUCUCGACCACCACUAACAAGAAGGUGCCUGCCACUGGUGAGGUCGGUUCUGAAAAACCGGCGAAGCGUCGCAAAACCACAGCUGCCGGCGACAAACCGGCGAAGCGAGGUAGGCAAACGCUGGUUUCAUCAACCACUCAUGUCACAUCACCCGCGGGAACGGAUAAGGAAGUUGCUCUUUCGGAUGAUUUCGCCCGUGCAAAGCAGUUGGAGGAUGCCGCUCUUCUUACUGGAAUUUUCACCGGUACCAGAGCCAUAGGCGGACCACAACAUGUCGAGUACGCGCAUGAUCCACUCGCGGCCCAGGUCACGAACGAUCCCGCAGAAAGGACCCGUGCUCCUGCUCAGACAUCCAUGCAGAGAUCCAGUGCGUCGAGUUACUGGUCUGUACCAGAGCAGACCGAUUUUGUCAAGUUCAUCGCCCACUUCGGUACUGACUUUGGCGCAAUUGCCAACCACAUGGGUACUAAGACCCAGACCAUGGUCAAGAAUUACUACCAGAGACUUGUCGAGAGUGGAAACCGCCCCGAUGUUGUCGACGCCGCUAAUAUUGCGAAUGCUCGUCGGGACCGAGGCGAGGACAUGGGCAUUCCGCCAACGCCCACACCAAUCAACAAGAGACGCUAUGACAAUCCUGGACCGAGUCUGCCCAGAACGGCUUCAGGAUCACAGGGUGAAGUCAUGGACAUUGAUCCUGUUCCGCCAACACAGCCCUCAACUCUCUCCCAAUCUUCGUCGCAGUUCCAGCAUCAAUACAGAUUCUCAAUGGCUACGCAACCGACGUCGGCACCUCCGCAAAGAGCCGCGCCUACUCCCCUCCAGCCUCACGGGUCUCCUGCUCUUGGCAAACCUGGUCCAUCUGGACAACCACGUGCGAGCAUAUCUUCUUCCGGUCCGAAGAUGGGCUUCUUCUCUGAAUCUAGAAUGGAGCGACGACCUACUCUGCCGGGCUCGGAGCGCCCCGCCCAACAGCCGUCGCCCUCUCUGAUGCACCAACAGCAGCCAACACCACCUGGUCUCAUGCACCAAAACUUGUCACAUCUGACCUCGGAAUUUGUCAAAAAUCUCAAGGAAGAGCAGGAGCGUGCGCUGUCUAUCCAGAAGCGAGCUUCACAAGAGCAUGUGCCUCAAGUCGUUCAACAUCCGUUGUUUCAACCUCUUGCUGCUCAAACAUCUGCACCAUCUGGAUCUCCCCAAUUGUCAAUGCUGGACAGACCUCUGGAGAGAGACGAGCGCUCUGGUACACCUGGCAUGCCAUCACUUGCACACCCUCGUGCUGGACCUGCAAUGUUCCGAAACAUUUUGGGCUCUCCUGGACCGAUGCCGUCCCCCGCUGUGACCAUGCACCCUCCCUUCAGAGCUCAUGUGCCAUCUCCACCAAAGAGAGAAGAGCAGCCAAUGUACCGGCCUGGGUCAGUACCAGCACCCUCGCCUGCUCCUUCGGUCGUCAAGCCUGUCGUGUCUCUCACUACAGGACCCCCCGUCGAGCCUCGUAAGACGUCUAACUUGGCAUCUUUGCUCAACUCCGAGCCAGAAGAGCCUCGGCAAAAGAAGAGAGCUGCAGAUCAGACAACGCCAUUCACACAAUCGCCAACACCAUCCACGCUGAGUGUUGCGCCUUCUGGACCAAAUUCGACCAUUUUCCCUCCCAGAAGAGAGGUAUUCAACCAGACACCUGGAUCUAGACAGGAGUAUGCUGGACGUGCAUCUUAUCCUCAGCCGACAUCCCAUGCGCCAACUCCAGCCGCUCAGCAUGAACUCUUGACUGGUAGAUCAGGCACGCCGGUCGGAUCAAGACAACCUGAGUGGCAAUCACGUCCACCUAUGGGUCAAAAUUUGGCUUCCAGCUCACCUCAUCCGCCAGCACCUCUCGAGCGGGAUGUUAGACCAUACUUCUCGCAUCGUGCGAACUUGGGUAGCCUCAACCCUCAGUCAAGAGCAAACCCAUCGCCACCACCCAACACUCAUCCUUAUAUGAACCAUUCUCGAACUCCUUCGAUUGGCGGUCGGCCAAUGACACCCAGUCAGCUGCAACCUCAGGGGCCAUCUGGCUUGUCGCACAUGACUCAGGCACAAACAGCUCAAGCACCAUCUCAGAUCAUGCAAUCGAACCCGUACGCCCAGCCCCACGGUGGACCAUCGCAUGUGCAGCAAAUGCAGGCUCAACAGCAAAAUCAGUAUGGCCAUCGUCACAAUAGCUCCGGCGGUUCUUCUCACAGUGGAUUGCACCAGAGACAGCCUAGUCGUGGCGAAGAGAUGUCUAUGCUGCGACAACAACAGCAGCAACAAGAGAGAGACUUUCACAUGAGUCGUGAACGCGAGCAUCGUAUGGAAGUGGACCGACAGUACAAGGAGCGCGAAGCCCAGUUCCAUCAACACCAACAACAAGAACAGCAACGCUUUACCCAACACCGUACACCUCAGCCAUUCCAGCAACAGCCUCUUUCAGGACCUGCACCUCAAAUGCUGUCUUUGCGUGAACAAGCACGUAUCGAAGCUGACCAAAGCUACCGUGAUGCCAGGAACAGAGAACAAUAUGAACAGGAGAUGCACAUCAGACGUGUACAAGAGGAUGAGGAGAGGAUGAGAUAUGAUUACCGGAACCCAAAUGGAAUGAUGGGUAGAUCUUCAACAGGCGGAUAUGGAGGUGGUUUCCCGCCACCCGGUCCGCACAGAAGAUAA